AUGCAGGAACAAGAAACGCGGCUCGAGAAUCUGGCCGCGGGUGACAUCUUGUUCACGGCGGACGAGAAGACCUCUAUCAAUGCAAUAAUCUCCGGGCACGAGAUUAAGGGGAAUCGCUGCUUUGGCGACCCACAGGCCGCCCAUGUGUGGGGAUAA